AUGAGUUGUGUACAACCCCUGUUAUUAGGCAUGCAAAGUUACAAUCCAACUAUACCGACGUUUAUAUGUACCAGUUUUCAUACAAAGGUGAUAUGGGAGGCAUGAAGGAUUUAGAAAUUGCAGGUGUUCGGGGUGUUGGUCACACUGAAGAGUUGGGUUAUUUAUGGGACGCGCGCAUUUCUAGUGGAUCUCCUGAUGAUCCAGAAGAUGUUACCACACGUCACCGUUUGUUAACCCUAUGGUCAAACUUUGUCAAAUACCUAAACCCAACGCCAGAAGUGGACAAAUUCCUGGGAAACGUGACGUGGGAGAAAGUUAGUCCAAAUAAUUUGGUGUAUUUGAACAUCAACCAUACACUUGAAAUGCAGACGAACCCAAGAGACUACCUCAAAUGGGAAAGAAUUAUAGACGUGUAUGCUAUACCUCCAUUGGUUAAUUACUAAUGUAUCUUGAGAAAUAAACUGUA